CCACUCCACGCCCUCGCCAUGGCCUCAGCAGCAAAGAGCGCAUGCCGCACAGUAGCGCGCCAAUUGCGCAGCAGCAACCAAUACUCGCACAUCCACUCCGUCACACGACCAUUCAGCAGCACUCGCCGCAUCCUCGCCGAUGCCGACAAGAAAGAUGCUUCCUCGCCCGGCUACUUCAACCAGGCCUUUUACAAACGCCUCGACCGCGAUGACCAAGCCGCAUACAACACUUUAUCCCCUGCCGACCGCGAGAAGAUGGAAAAAGUAGAGGCCGCCCUGCGCGACGAGUUCGCAAACGACAGCCGCACCCAUCGCGAAUUGGAAGAUCACAUUGCUGCCGAGUUGGAGCAUUUGGAAGUGACUUUCCCUGCUCCGCCAGCAGAGAGGGCACCUAGAAACCAGGGGUUCUUCCAGAUGGGAGAGAAAGAGGAUAUUGGUCCCGAUGAUGAUGAUUUCCACGGCGACGACAUUUCGAGUUUGGGUCAUGCAGAGUUGGAGCAGACGAGGGAGAUUAGAGAGUAUGCACGUCUGGCCGGUUGGGAGAUGCCUUUGCUGGCGACAGCUACACCCCUCCGCUUCCGCUACACAACCUACAUGGGCGAACAACACCCCGCCCAACGAAAAGUCGUCGUCGAAUUCGACCCAAAGGACCUCUCUCUCAACCCCACCCACACCCAAAACCUGAUCAAGCUGGCCGGCGUGCGCUACAACCCCGUCUCCAACCUCGUAAAGAUGAGCUGCGAAGACCACGAGACCCAAGCACAGAACAAGCGCUACCUGGGCGACACCAUCAAAGAGCUGAUUGCAAAGGCAAAGUCGCCGGAGAGCGAGUGGCUCAAAGACGUGCCCGUGGACUUUAGACACGCAAAGCCAAAGAAGAGAUUCCAGUUCCCUGAGGAGUGGCUGUUGACUGAAGCGAGAAAGAAGGAGUUGGAAGCGAGGAGGGAGGCUAGACUUCUGACCGAGCAGACAAAGAAGGAGAGCCCGGCUGGUUUGAUCGAUGGAAUCAAGGAGAUCGAAGAGGCUAGGAAUAUCGACUUGUCUAGAGUGGAGGCCCCCGUCAUGGCAGAGGCAAAGAGGCCCAUGGCCAAGGGCAAGCAGGGCAAGAAGGAGAUGAGACAGGGAAAGGCAUAG